CGACAAACCACCGAUCUCUUCUGUCUCUUCUUCCCUCCGCCGCGGCGCCGCCCGCCACGCCACCCGCGUAUCCAUCCACCACCGUUCCCGCGAUGGCCGCCGGCAUACUCAACACCCAGCCCCGCCUCUGCUAAUCACGGAUGAUUUUCUGUUAACUUCCUGCCACUCGCCUCGUCUGGCCGGAGGGAGAGGAGAUGGACGCCGGCGUGGGUCUCCGGCCGAGGCCCCGUGCAGCAUGGGCCGGACGACGGAAGCCACAGGGAUUCCCUCCGGCGACAGUGCCGGCGGCGAGGCUUGAUCAGAAUCCGGCGCGGCGGCCGCUGGUCCUGCGCCCCGAUGCCAUCCGUGGCGCCAGCCUCAAGGGCCUGUGCUGCCACAAAUCGGCAGGUACUGAGAAAGUCCACUAUUCUGCUGAUGAUGCUCUCCUACUAAAGCAAAAAGCAGAGGACGUGCUCCCUUACCUGAAUGACCGAUGUGUUUAUCUAGUUGGAAUGAUGGGUUCCGGCAAAACUACAGUUGGGAAGAUAAUAGCUGAAGUACUAGGCUAUUCAUUCUUUGACAGUGAUAAGCUGGUUGAGCAGUCUGUUGGCAUACCGUCGGUCGCUGAGAUUUUUCAGGUCCACAGUGAAGCAUUCUUCAGAGAUAACGAGAGUGAGGUACUAAGGGAUUUGUCGUCAAUGCACCGAUUAAUUGUUGCAACAGGAGGUGGUGCGGUGAUACGACCAAUCAAUUGGAGUUAUAUGAAGAAAGGACUCACUAUUUGGUUAGAUGUUCCAUUGGAUGCCCUUGCAAGAAGGAUUGCUGCGGUGGGUACUGCAUCACGACCCCUCCUGCAUCAGGAAUCUGGUGAUCCUUAUGCAAAGGCCUAUGCCAAACUUACAGCACUUUUUGAACAAAGAAUGGACUCAUAUGCUAAUGCUGAUGCUCGAGUUUCCCUUGAGAAUAUUGCAUUCAAACAAGGACAUAAUGAUGUGAAUGUACUUACACCAAGUGCCAUCGCUAUUGAGGCAUUGCUAAAGAUGGAGAGCUUUCUUACUGAGAAGGCCAUGGUCAGAAACUGACCAAAUCUCGGUGGUUACAAAGAAAGAUGACAACCAAUGGUUCUUGGUUGCCGUGAUGUACAUACCUUUGCAUAAGACAUUCUUCUGAUAUAGCCAGAGCUAUGACAGAGGAUAACUUGGGUUUUUACUUGAGUGAACUAUAUGUGAAUAGCUCUAAAUUAAGACAAUGUUUGUCUUGUCUUUAUCUUGCUGCGAUUUGAUAUAUGGGAUUUGGGAGUAAAUAGCUAUAUCAAUCCCUUGUACAUUUUGAAACAACCAGAAUUUACAUCAAUAUAUUACUUUGAGGCAAA